CAUCCAGCGACUUGGGGAGCAUUUACAAGCGCUGCAGGGUGCCUUCCCCACCCCCCCCCCCCCCCCCCCCCCCCCUACCGGCUGCCAACAACAAACGCAGAAAAACAACAAGGCGGAUAAGGAAGAUAAGGGUAGGGAGGAGAGAGGGAGAUAUGGCGGUGUACGAACCUAUUAAAAGAUACGAACAUGAUGAUGAAGAACGUGGUAUGACGGAUCCUAUGAUGAUGAAGAAGAACAACAUCAGUAUUGAUCAUGAUGAGGAUGUUGAGAUGGCCAUUCACCAGAUAUCCAAAUCCACAUCCGCCUCUUCCGCCGCCACCGCCGCCAGUGGUGCCGCUGCUUAUAAGAAUGUUAGCCAUGAGGAAGCGGCAGCGGCGCCGGCCUCAUUGCCUUCGAAGUUGCGGCAACAGCAACGCCUUGUUUCCCUCGACGUUUUCCGCGGAUCUACGGUUGCGAUCAUGAUAUUAGUGGACGACGUUGGUGGGAUCCUGCCUGCUAUUAAUCAUUCACCAUGGAACGGUUUGACCCUUGCAGAUUUGGUCAUGCCAUUUUUUCUCUUUAUGGUUGGUGUUUCCCUUUCACUUACCUACAAGAAAAUGUCAUGUGGAACCGUUGCGACUAGAAAAACAGUUUUGAGGACACUGAAGCUUCUAGCAUUAGGCCUUUUCCUUCAAGGUGGCUAUUUUCAUGGCAUCAAGGAUCUAACAUUUGGGGUGGAUAUUGAACAGAUGAGAUGGAUGGGAAUUCUACAGAGAAUUGCAAUAGCUUAUUUUGUAGCAGCAUUGUGCGAGAUUUGGCUAAAGGGUGACGAUAAUGUCAACUCAGGACGUUCUCUGCUCAGGAAAUAUCGAUUUCAAUGGUCGGCAGCAUUGAUUAUCACUGUGCUAUAUCUGUCACUCUUAUACGGCUUGCAUGUUCCUGAUUGGGAAUACCAAAUUCCUGGUGAUUCCUCCUCCGCACCAAAAACAUUUUCAGUUAAAUGUGGCGUAUGGGGUGACACGGGACCAGCAUGUAAUGCUGUUGGGAUGAUUGAUCGUAAGAUAUUGGGUCUUAGGCACUUAUAUAGACGACCAAUCUAUGCACGAACAGAGCAAUGCAGUAUUAACUCCCCCGAUAAUGGCCCGUUACCUGCCGAUGCUCCUUCUUGGUGUCAAGCUCCCUUUGACCCUGAAGGACUUUUAAGUUCCAUGAUGGCUAUUGUUACCUGCUUGGUUGGUUUGCACUAUGGACACAUUAUUGUCCAUUUUAAGAGUCACAGGGACAGAAUCCUGCGCUGGUCUAUCUCAUCCUCGUCUCUUAUAAUCUUAGGGCUCGCCUUGGACUUAUUAGGCAUGCAUAUAAACAAGCCUCUUUACACAUUCAGUUACAUGUGUAUCACAGCCGGUUCUGCUGGCAUUCUCUUUACUGCAAUUUACUUGAUGGUCGAUGUGUGUGGCUACAGGCGCCCAACUAUUGUGAUGGAGUGGAUGGGAAUGCAUGCAUUGAUGAUUUUUGUGCUUGUAGCCUGCAAUCUCUUGCCAGUUAUCAUCCAUGGAUUCUAUUGGGGGAAGCCUCAGAACAACAUUCUUAGCUUAAUUGGAAUUGGAAAAUGAAUUGCUCAAGGGCAGCUCUGUUGGGUUAUAUGCGUUGCACCGCGCAAGUGCAGUCGAUUUCUAUCUUAGACUGUGGACCUAAAUUGUUCGACCAAUUUUGGUUCUUGCAUUUGGGGAUAAGAGAGAAGGUGGAGUUGGCCUUGAUAGAGACCCCGGCAGGCAGCGUUUCCCCCGCUCUCCUUACAUGUACAGAUUGGAGCUUCUCUACUGAAGGUGGUGUACGACCAAGCUUUCUUUAUGAUUUAUGAGGCUUGAAAAACGUAUGGAGAUAUUUAAAAUUGGGGUAUUUUGUAAAUA